AUGAGAUUGACGGCCGAGAUCAUUCAGGGUUCCCUCUCAUACAUCAACCCGCUCGGCGAGCGCGAGCUGGACCUCAGAGGUCGUCAAUUCACCCACAUCGAGAACAUGGGCGCCGCGUCCGCCGACAUCGAGUGCAUCGACUUCACCGACAACCACAUCCAGGUGCUGGGCAACCUGCCACAGCGCCUGCGCGUGACGACGGUGCUGCUGGCCCGCAACCGCCUGUCGCAGAUCCAGCCGGGCAUCGCGCGCGCCAUCCCGUCACUGACGACGCUCAGCCUCGCCGAUAACAACGUCCGCGAGCUCGCCGACCUCGACCCGCUCGGCGGCUUCUCCAGGCUCAUCCAGCUGAACCUGACCAACAACCCGGUCUGCACCAAGGAGAACUACCGCUACUACCUCAUCUUCCGCAUCCCGUCGCUCCGCUUCCUCGACUUCCAGCGCGUCAGGGACUCUGAGCGCCAGAAGGCCAAGGAGCUUUUCGGCACCCCCGACGAGCCGACCGAGCUCGCCAAGCAGCUCAUGCGCCAGCGCGGAACCGCCGUUCCCGACGCCUCAGCUGGUGCUAACGACGUUGCUGCCGGCAUGGCUCACGUCAAGCUGACUGACGCCGAGCGCGCCAGCAUCGAGGAGCAGAUCAAGACGGCCAAUACCCUCGAUGAUAUCACCCGUCUCGAGAAGCUACUGAACGAGGGCAAGAUCCCUGUUCAGUGA